GCGAUGCGGGGCGCCGGCAGCUGCUUAGCCGCCGCCGCGAGGCUGAGCCGACCACUGGCCCGGGCUCUGGGCAGCUGCAGCCGCUGAAGCGCGGUGGGGAGACGAGACCGGGCCGGCUCCGGAGACUCCAGCUUCGCCCUUUGGCCUGACGGAACGAGCCUCCCGCCGCGCACCCGCAUGGAGACGCUGAGCGCCGUGAGGGCGAAAGUCGGGGCCAGAAGCCCCGGCGGCUGCGAGGCGGCAGCAAUCGGCGAGCCCCAGCCCGCGCCGUCCUCGAGUCCCGCCGGCCGAGGCUCCCCCGCCCCGCCGGACCCGCCGGCUUACAGACUCGAGGAUCUGGAGACGCUGGCCACCGUAGGAACUGGUACAUUUGGACGGGUUCAUCUGGUGAAAGAAAAAUCAGCCAAAUGCUACUUUGCAUUGAAAGUAAUGAGCAUUCCUGAUGUCAUUCGGCUAAAACAAGAACAGCAUGUGCACAAUGAAAAAUCGGUCUUGAAAGAAGUGAAUCAUCCAUUUCUUAUCAGACUAUUUUGGACCUACCAUGAUGAACGCUUUCUAUAUAUGUUGAUGGAAUAUGUACCUGGUGGUGAACUUUUUAGUUAUCUACGCAACAUGGGACGCUUUAAUAACAGCACUGGACUGUUUUACUCUGCAGAGAUUAUUUGUGCAAUAGAUUAUCUCCAUUCAAAAGAAAUUGUUUACAGAGACUUAAAGCCUGAAAAUAUUUUAUUAGACAAAGAGGGGCAUAUCAAACUUACAGACUUUGGAUUUGCUAAAAAGCUAGUUGAUAGGACAUGGACUCUGUGUGGGACCCCAGAGUACCUUGCUCCAGAAGUCAUCCAGAGCAAAGGUCAUGGACGAGCAGUGGACUGGUGGGCUCUGGGCAUUCUGGUAUUUGAAAUGUUGUCUGGAUUUCCUCCAUUCUUUGAUGACAACCCAUUUGGAAUAUAUCAGAAGAUUCUUGCUGGUAAAAUAGAUUUCCCCAGGCAUUUGGAUUUAUAUGUAAAGGACCUGAUUAAAAAGCUUCUUGUGGUUGACAGAACCAGACGGCUAGGGAACAUGAAGAAUGGAGCUGAUGAUGUGAAGAGACACCGGUGGUUCAGGUCUGUAGACUGGGAUGCAGUACCACAAAGAAAAUUGAAGCCACCUAUAGUGCCGAAGGUAUCAAAUGAUGGUGAUACAUCUAAUUUUGAAGCUUAUCCUGAAGAUGACUGGAACAAAACACCUCCUGUACCUCCUAAAGAUUUAGAGAUUUUCAAAAAUUUUUAAAGUGGAACACAAAACAUUAAGAAACUGGAAGAAGAUUUUGAUACUGGGCAACUGAAAAGAAGAGCAGAAAAUAUUACUGAAGAAUUCUUUUGAAAUGAAUAACAAAAUGUUACUGGGUUAUGCAUAGUAUUUAAAGAAAUAAUGUUAAAAAUAGGGAAAGGGACAAUACUCAUGUUUAGUUGUACAGAUUUGGAAUUAGUUCAGUAAACUAAAAUACUGAAACACCUACCCUGAGAUGUAGACAUUCAAAUUUCUUAGUUUUUUUAAAUUAAAAUUAUUUUAGUAUUGUUUCUUGCUAUGCCCAAACCUCUUUUGCAUAGUUAUCUCAUAGACUAACUUUAUAAGUUUAUACUAAAAUUGUCAUUUAAAGCACAAAUUAGUGUAUAUGUAUAUAAUGAAAUCAAUACAUUUAAAGCACAGAAACUGUGCAAAAAUGUAAAUUUUGUACUUUACAGAGUCUAUGGUUUUUAUUCUGAAGUUUUUUUCAAGAUGCUCUCUGGAAGUUAAAAAGAAUCUUGAAAUGAUAAAUAGGUUUUUCAGCAUCUUCUAUACAUUUUAUAAUUAUUUGUAAAAAGAAAUAUACACAUAAAUUUUUAGAAAAUGUUAACAUUUCCAGCCAUACUACUUGAAACUAAAAGAUAAAAGGCCUUGCUGGAUGUCUUAUUUUUUUCUUUCGAUCACAUCAUACUUUCUUUAGGAAGUUGAGCUAAUACAAUGUGUUUGUACAUUGUAUUUCUUUCCAGGAUUCAUAACAUGCUUAUUUUUAAGUAUAAGAAAUCAUGGCAAAGUAUAUCUUGCAGCACCUGUUGAUAGUAAGGGUAGAGUCUAAUACUUGACUCUACAUUUCCUUAAAAUUGUUGCACGUGCAGGGACCUGAAAGUCAUCUAAAUCAGCCACCUUUCAUAAGUCCAGAUUUCUAUAUGCAUGUCCAUCACGGAAUAACUGCAAUUUUAACAGAUGGCCUGACGUGUGAAGCCAUUAGCAAAUAAUCAAGUUCCACAACCAGAGAUUGCAUGUUAACUGACAGCAAUUCAGAGAUGCUAUAUUUGCAUUCCGCUAUGACUUCACUAAAGCUGUUGCUUUAUGGUGUCAUCAAGUGAUAACAUGCAUAUGUAAAUUACUGCUGAAGCAGGAUCACCUCCAUAUUAUUAAAAUUAUUCAUACAAUUUAUACUGCCAGAAUAAAUAAGAAAAUGUAGAAUGUAACACUUGGAACUAGGAGUAUACAUUUAUCGGAUCCCAAGAUUAAGCUAGAGAUUGUUGAUAUUUGCUGUUUAAAUUGAGCAGCACUGCUACAACUUGAAUUUUCUAGCCUUACAGGUAGUCUCUCUGUGUACUUCCUAAAUUGAUUUUAAAAUGUUUAUUGGAACAGCCAGUAUAGCCAUUGAUGAGAGAUGCUGGAGCAAUAGGACAAAACAUCUGAAGGGAUACCACUGGCCCAUCACUGCUGUAAAGGAAGAUCCUUCUAAUAGAAUUUGUUCAUCUGAGCAGUUUACAUUAUUGGAACCAUGCAAAUUAACCAAGUAGAUGCACUGAGGCAGCCUAUGUAAUAUGUCGCAAUCUGUCCGUCCAUAAAUGUAUAUACUUUGAACUUCAUUAUAUUAGUGCACAUUUAAAAAUGCCAAGGUAGUGCUUCCAGCAAGUGUUCUCCAGUAACAUUCUCAAGCAAGAGCUACUUAGAUUAGAAAUAAAGGUAUAGUGAGUCACUAGUAUUCUAGUGCUGUUGAUAAUUGAUUUUAAUUAAACACAGUGGGUUGAACACCCACCAGAGGAACAGAAACUGCUAGCAAAAUGGAUCUUGCCUAUCUCCAGGCUGCUAUCCUGACUUUUCAACAGCUAUUAGAUCAGCUUUCUAUUUCCAUUGAGAAGCAGUGAUGCACUUCAGUAAAGGCUGCUAGGAAUUACUGAACUAGCAUGCUUAAUUAUUAUACAUACUGCAACUUCAGAAAUUCAUUUAGUUGCCAAGCCACUGAAACUGAACUAAUUUCAGUUAGUAUCCAAUUGUUGACAUUUCCUUUUUACCUGUUAUUAAAGUUGAACCACAGAAUAGAGGUUUUCAUUUGGCAAAUUAAUGAUGCAUGGAAAUCAAUUAUGGAUGGUAUAUGCAAUCUAAUGCAGAAAGAAACUUAGACUUUUGUUGGAUGAGAGGUACAUUUUAGAAUAUAGCUUUCCUAGCAUAAUGUAGUAAUAUAAAGAAGCUGAUGUGAUUCAACUUUUCACAAAGCACUCAUCAUGCCAAGCAAGUGCUGAUGAAGUUAGACAUCUCUGUUGCAGUUAAUUUAUCAGUACACCAGUAACCUGGAAAUGGCAGUAGGAGAAAGGUGCGUUAAGGAAGGGGACUAUCAACUAGUGCUACUAUCUCUGGAUUGGAUCCAAAAUAAAUUAGUUGAUCUUAGAUCUCAUUGAAACAAAUGAAAGAAAUCAUUCAGACUUGAUACAGUUUCCAGUAAAAUCAACUGUAUUAACCAAAUGGGGCUGGUCCUGCAAGGCAGCUUGCUGUUUGUGGAAACCCCAGCUUGCAUGUGGCUUGGCCUUUUCCCUGUCUGGCUUUCAAGUGUCAAUUUAUAUAAUAUACCUUUAAUUUUUGUCCAAUUUUGUACUCCUGUCCUGUUUCUAAAUAUCAGGUGCCCUGCCUGAAAUUCUUAUAUCAGUAUCUGACAAAAAUAAAUACACAGAGAAGAAAAUUAGGCCGUUAUUCCAUUUCUGGAAUCAUUUGAAAAUAUUUAACUGCUGAACUUGCUUAUCUUUUUUAUUUUUUAUUUUUGCUAUCUCAUAGUUUCAGUUUCAAGAGUCUGAAAUCAUAGUUUUAAUAACUACUGUUAUUUGUAAUUAUUUUGCCUUACAACAGACUUUAGCACACCGGCAAUAUGCUUUAGGUGGUACAGAGGUACAGGGCCCUUUCCCACUACCAUAAAAGUAAUGUUUCUCAUGGAAUGUUGCAUACAAACACUUGAUCUGUAUCUUUCAAAACCUGGGAAUGACACCAUAUGAGGCAUUUGCCAUGCAUGAAACACACAGCAAUUGUGCAUUUGAGAAUGAGCAGCCACAAUGAAUAAGUGCCCAAACUUCAUUAAGAAGUUAAUUUGUACUUGUACUUCUGCUAUGUCAUACAGCCUGUGCAUAAGGGCACAAUUUGGUUGGGAGUUUAUAGAAUAAAGCAUCUAAUAAACCGUCACAAUAAAUCAACAGUACAGAUCAGGUCCAUAAAAAGACAUUCCAAUACUAAAAAUAGGAUGCCCCAGUUCCUACUGAUUUGUUUUUAUUGGAAUUCAACCUUCAUUACCAUGGCUAUUUUAUAGUGGUUUGGUUGUUUAAGUAACUUCUAAUAGGACUCCCUUUUUCACUUUUUUUUUUUUUUUUUUUUGCUUGUUAUGGACCAAUAGAUAAAGCCAAAAUAAUUCUUCUCUAGGUCCUUUCUAAACUGCCCUCUAUAAAGUUGUUAUGUGGCUCACUGACAUAAUUUAGUGAUCAGAUCCGAUACCACAUAGCUUGAAAUGAGGCCAAUGCAUAGAUUAUCCUGUAAAUUUGCUUAAUUAAAUUGAAGCGUGUGCUGUUAAGUUUUAACCAAGGUGAUCUGCUGUAGAAGAGAAAUUCUAAUAUAUCAAAAUGUAGGUACUAAACUAUGUUUAACCAGAUGAACAGAUCUUGUAAAGCAAAUAGGAGGUGGAAUAUAGCAAGCCAAUCAUCUUGCCAUACAGGAGAAUUAAAAGUUCUGUGCUUCCUAUAUUACAGAAUUUUUCAGCUUUCAAGAACUGUAGCAUGAUUUCUUUGUACUGUACUGUGUACAGAUUUACUAUGUUUUGCACUUUUCUAUGGCAAACAUGACAGCUUUAUAAAUAUUCUGUUGUACAGUAAAUAAGGGAUAGUUACAUCUAUGUACAAAACAAAACCAAAUUGAACAGAUAUGAUCUCCGAGGCAGACUUGGACUGAUGUCAGAGAAGUUGCUUGUUAGUUCUAACUUAUAUGUGUAAUAAGUACUGUACAAAUACAUUCAUCAGCCCUCAUUGCACAAUGAAAAUCACUGUGAUCUGUAAAUAAAACUUAGUCCAAAAAUA